CCCGCAGUCAUCAUGGCCUUGAUUUUGUCUCGUGAAGGUCCUAGAUCUGUGCAUAAAUGUUCACACAGAUGGGCAACGUUGGAAAGAGACUUCCAACAAUUGUUCGAGCACUUGGAUUAGACUUGGACCCCACCUAAAACUCUGAGCCAACUUGGAUCGCAGACUCUACCAUGUCACAACCUAGAAAAGGCCUCAGGUCAAGAUCAGGAUGUAUGACUUGUAGACGUGCCAGAGUGAGGUGUGACGAAAAACAUCCGAUAUGUGAAAGGUGCAAUCGUCUAGAGUUAGAUUGUUCAUACCAGCCAUUUGUUUCUCGGAAGGAAAGGGAGCGACGGCAUCGAGAAGCGAGAGAAAGGACAAUCCCAAUUCAGAUUAUCCCAAAUGUCGUUGCGUCCAUACCACAUCCAACACCGGCAGAUGUCAACGAAUUUCUCCAUGCAGUUGAAGAUGAAGUAUUUCCUGACAUGUGGAAUAUGCAUGAAUGGACGACCAGUAUGGGACAUGGAUUUGUCUUACCCGAAGGUUCCUUUAAUCUCGAGAAAUUUGACGGACUCGCGCCAGGAAACAAGGACACUUACACUACCAGCCCUUCAUCGCCAUUUCAACCUUUAAGAGCUCUUGACCUUGUGGGUCGAGAUAACGUUGUGUUUCAAGAUGACUAUUAUGCUCAAGGAUGCGUCACACUUCAUUUCCCAAAUUUACGUCAUCCGAGUCCCUUGAAACUCUCACCAUCAGAGAAACGGGCUGUUGAACACUACGAGAAGACGUUAUCAUUGAAGUUUACCACCAAAAACCCCACCUGGUCAACCCAGCAAAUUUAUAUUUGUCUCGGUGCGCAAGAUCCUCUGAUUAUGCACUUGCUGCUUGCGAUAUCCUUUCGUGACUUGUUCUUCAAAGAUAAAGAUAAUGAACUUCACGACCUUGCUCAGAAGCACUUUCGAGCUGGAAUUGGUCGUUUACUGACAGCUAUCUCCGAGGAAGAAUUACCACAUCACUUGAGCAUCAUGGCAGCUUUCUGGUUCUUAUAUAUGCUUGGAUCAAGUCAAAUUCAUGCGGGCAUCGGUACAAUGAUGCUCUUGAGCAGAGUUGUACGCGAUUAUGUUCAGAAGCAUGUAACGGGUCUUCUAGAUCUAGAUCCACUCAAUAAGCGGCACGCAAAUGCUCCAUUACCUUUUCACCUUCGUGAUCAAUCGUUAAUAGCCCGAGUUACAGUUUGGAUGUUUUAUGCCGAUGUUGGAUUUUGCUUUUGCUACCGUGGUGGGGAUCUUGCAAGAUACCUUUGCACCGACACAAAGAAUAUAUCCAAAAUCGUCGACAUGGGCCGUGCUGUUCUAGCUCUGAACUUUAACCAAGACUACCCACCAGAUCAGGCAGCUGACGAUACCCAGAAUCUUGAAGUGCUAGAUCUUUUAUGGAAGUCGGCAAUAAUGUGUCAGCUCGUGAAUGAUCUUGACCAAAAUAUCCCUUCAGAUGAGAUAGAACAACAAUUUUGUGAACUCGAACAAACUUACAGCUAUAUAUUUAAACUCGCUGCAAUAGAUAUGGAAACUCGUCCAAGAUUCCUGAUCAAUGCCGAUUGGAUCCUCAGUUACUUCUACGCUAUACGUAUCUACCACUUUCGAUAUACUACGCAGAACGGAGAUCGCAACGCAAGACCAAAGGUGAUCAAACGAGCUCUCAAGUCACUCUUAGACAUUGCUCAAAGAAUCUUUGCACAAGGUGACGAGGAACAUUACGAAAGACUCCAUUGGCCCUUGUUCAUGGCAGGGAUCGAAACCACAGAUACUAUACAUCGAGAAUGGAUCCUGGAAAAAUUCUCAUCUGGAAAGUUCAAGACUGUUUUGGAAAAGGUGUCAAAGAUUCAGCAUCUUAGUGGAACAAGGGUUCAUAUGUCUUUGGUUCGCGAGAUGUGCUCUAAAGAAGGAGAUGCUCCACGUGUUACUUUCCUUGGCUUUUGAUACAUCUAAUCUUGGGUUUCAUUUCCACUUUGCUUCAUUUGAUAUCCGUUCUCGCUUGGAGAAUUCUUGAAACUUUCUAGCGUGGUGUUGGGAGUGCAUUGUUUUCACUGAGUAAAAUUUCAAGAAUUUUCUUAAGAUGUUCCUAUUGGCAAGUGAGUAAACUCAUUGUCUUCCACAACUCUUACUUGCUAUCGGUUCGAUCUGUUUGGUAUAUGAUACUAUGUGAAGUCAUGGUUAGCAAUACAAGACGGAGUAUUUAAGGCUUCUAUUGGUACAAUGAGUUCUCUAGUGUCAUGGUUCAAAUUUUAUUCAGUCAUUGAUUUUUUCCCUGUGAUAAUCGACAUGCUUUGCCCGCGUUGCGCAUAAUCAAAUCAUAUAUCACCAUGAUUUUCUUGCUCUCCU